GAAAGAGCGAGGAAAGGCCAGAGAAGAGUUCCCCUGCUCUCCAGACCAGAAAAUUAAUUAAUUAAUUAAUUUUAAAAAGAUAGAGCGGAGCUACGGUGGCUCUGCUGAGACCAAACUACUUAGGCGCUACUGCCCGGCUCCUGGGGAAGCCAGCUGUGAGACUGGAACGACUAUUAGUGGAGUCAAGGCUAGGAACAAAGGACCACCCAGUUUGGGUUAGUCUCUGGAAAUGGAGGUGUCGCAUUGCAGAGAAGUAUCAGGCCACGUUUGCCGCGAUUCCAGUCCCAAUACUGCCCAAGCGUCCAUCCUUGGACCUCUAAGCCCCGCCUAAGAGCCUACGGGCGUGGCCUACGGCGAGGGAGAGGAGGGGUUCCUCCGAGGGCGUGGUCCACUCUGGGCACAGCCUCCUCCUCCUCCUUUUUUUCUUUGCUGCCUGUUUGUCCUGGGUGCUCCACUACCUACUCCGAUAGCCUUGCGAGCAAGCACUGUUGGGAAGCUAUUUAGUGCCAACAUGGCAGUCCUCUCAAAGGAAUAUGGUUUUGUUGUUCUCACUGGGGCUGCCAGUUUCAUAUUGGUCACUCACCUUGCCAUCAAUGUUGGCAAAGCCCGUAAGAAGUACAAGGUAGAGUAUCCCACCAUGUACAGUACUGAUCCUGAAAACGGGCAUGUUUUUAACUGCAUUCAGCGAGCCCACCAGAAUACAUUGGAAGUGUACCCUUCCUACUUGUUCUUUCUAGCAGUUGGAGGCAUUUACCAUCCUCGCUUAGUUUCUGGUUUGGGACUUGCCUGGAUAAUUGGACGUGUACUUUAUGCUUAUGGCUACUAUUCAGGAGACCCAAGCAAGCGGAAUCGAGGCCUGGUGGGUUCCUUUGCUCUCCUAGGACUGAUGGGCACAACUGUGUACUCUGCUUUCCAACAUCUUGGUUGGGUUAACCAAGGUCUGGGCCACGGACCUAGGAGUUGUCAUUGAAGCAACAAAGGCUUAACUAUGUCCUUCUUUUGGAUGAUAAACCUUUAACAUUUCAAGUGUGCUUUUUUUCUUUUUCUAUAUACAAUAAAUCUAUUUGGCAUUAGCCUCAUCUACAA